AUGUCGAGUCCUGCUAGAUCAACUCGGAGUCGCCGGGGUGUUGAUAGUUCCCAGGAAAGUUCGCAAAGAACCCCAUCGAAGCAGGGCACUUCCAACAGUGAAACCGAAACGCCAAUGCGCAUCGGAAGUAGCAUGCCUCAGAAUGGAGCGAGUGUGGCGAUUGAAGGUUCCGAUCAGGUUACGGUGCCCACCUCCCCGGCGGCAGAUGCUUCGAUAAUGCAGGCGACCAGCCCGUACAGUCGAACUGUUGGCAUGAGUCAGAUAGAUAUCAGCUCACCGUUGAACUAUGGAACACCCAGCUCGAUGGGCUCGAUCCGAACACCCCGAUCCGGUGUCCGUGGUACACCGAUGCGUCAGCGUCCGGAUCUGCGGGUUGAUAAGCAGUCUCGGCAGGUUAACGUCGGCAGCUCGGAUGCCCAUCUUGAUCCCAUUCGCGAGGAAAGCCAAGCGUCGGCUGCUGAUUUGCCGAGCUCCGGACCCCGGUUGGUUGUGUGGGGUACGAAUGUCGUAGUGACGGAAUGUAUGAGCAAGUUUAAGCAAUUUAUAAUGCGCUACAUCGAUCCGAAUGCGGCACAGGAUGAAUUGACUGAGGGAAUCAACCUUAACGAGCCACUGUACAUGCAGAAACUGGAAGAGAUUCAUACGCUGGAGGAACCUUAUUUGAAUUUCAACUGUGCGCAUUUGAAGACGUUCGACGAGACAUUGUAUCGUCAGUUGAUUUGUUAUCCUCAAGAUGUAAUCCCCGCGCUGGAUAUGGCAGUGAAUGAGAUGUUCUUCGAACGCUACCCGGCCGCUAUUCUGGACCAUCAGAUUCAAGUUCGCCCGUUCAAUGCGGACAAGACGCGAAACAUGCGCGCCCUCAAUCCGGAAGAUAUUGAUCAAAUCAUCACGAUCAGCGGCAUGGUGAUCCGUUCGUCGAACAUUGUGCCCGAGAUGCGAUGCGCAUUCUUCAAGUGUUCGAUCUGCAGUUUCUCCGUCGUGGUCGAGCUUGAACGGGGUCGUAUCGCAGAACCGACACUCUGUUCGCAUUGUAACACGAACCAUUGCUUCCAGCUCAUUCACAACCGUUCCCAGUUUGCUGAUCGGCAGCUGAUCAAGCUGCAAGAAUCACCCGACGAUAUGGCCGCCGGUCAAACACCCCAUAACGUACUGCUGAUGGCUCACGAAGAUUUGGUGGACAAGGUACAGCCGGGCGAUCGAGUCACGGUGACAGGAAUCUACAAAGCGAUGCCGAUUCAGGAGAAUCCACGGCAGUCGAGCAUGAAGUCGGUGUACCGGACGCAUAUCGAUGUGUUGCACUUCCGCAAGGUGGACGACAAGCGACUGUACGAGGAGGAAGAGGGUAAAGACCAUAUGUUCCCACCGGAACGGAUUGAGUUGCUGAAGAAGAUCGCCGAAAAGCCGGACGUGUACGAUCGUUUGGUGCGCUGCAUUGCUCCGUCCAUUUACGAAAACACGGACAUUAAGAAGGGCAUACUGUUGCAAAUGUUUGGCGGGUCGAAGAAAAAGCAGGCUACCUCGGGCCGGCAAAACUUCCGUGCGGAAAUACACAUCUUGAUGUGCGGUGAUCCUGGUACAUCGAAAUCGCAGCUGUUGCAGUACGUGUACAACCUGGUGCCCCGAACGCAGUACACCUCCGGGCGUGGUUCGUCGGCGGUCGGUUUAACGGCAUACGUGACGAAGGACACCGAAACACGGCAGUUGGUUUUGCAAACUGGUGCUUUGGUGCUGGCGGACAAUGGUGUCUGUUGUAUCGAUGAGUUCGACAAGAUGAAUGAUUCGACCCGAAGCGUUUUGCACGAGGUGAUGGAGCAGCAAACGCUGAGCAUUGCAAAGGUUGGCAUCAUCUGUCAGCUGAACGCUCGCACCUCAAUUCUGGCUGCAGCCAAUCCUUCCGAAUCUCAGUGGAACAAGAACAAAACCAUCAUUGACAAUGUGCAGCUGCCCCACACGCUGAUGUCCCGGUUCGAUCUGAUCUUUCUGAUAUUGGACCCGCAGGAUGAGGUGUUUGAUCGUCGCCUGGCAGCCCAUCUGGUGUCGAUGUACUACGCCUCGCGAGAAGAGGACGAAGAUACGUUGGUGGAUAUGAGUGUGUUGCGUGAUUACAUUGCGUACGCAAAGGAACAUAUCAAUCCCGUGCUGUCCGAGGAAGCCCAGCAGCGUCUGAUUCAGGUGUACGUCGAUAUGCGGAAGGUAGGAGCCGGUAGGGGACAGAUUUCGGCCUACCCACGGCAGUUGGAAAGCUUAAUCCGUCUGUCCGAGGCUCAUGCCAAGGUGCGCCUCAGUGAAACGGUAGAGGUACAAGACGUCGAGGAGGCUUGGCGCUUGCAUCGCGAAGCGUUGAAACAAUCAGCGACCGAUCCACUGUCGGGCAAGAUUGACGUCGGUAUCCUAACGACCGGGUUGUCCAGUGAGGCACGCAAGAAACGGGCGGAAGUGGUGUCGGCUGUCAAGGCGAAUCUUAAAGCGAAGGGCAAAAUCUCGACCAUUCCGUACCAGAAACUGUUCGGUGAAAUCCGGGACGGUUCUCAGGUGCUCAUCACUAAGGAAAUGUUUGAGGAUGCGCUUAAGGAACUGCAGGACGAAGGAGUGAUCGUUAUCGUAGGCAACAACACCAUACGCGUUUGUUGA